AUGAAACGUGCUGCUGCAGAGUGGCUGCUGGAAGAGUCACCAGACCCGAGUGAAGUGAGCCACAGUCAUCCAGCAAACUCAGCGCGCCCUUCCAAACCCGACCCACGCGUCUGGCUCUCACCUGCUUUUCCAGCAACCUGCCCAUCUUAUCAUGCCUACUUUUCACCUGGAGGGAAUAUCGCAGCGUUGUAUGACGAGGAGGUUGGCCACAGAGAUUUGGCCAACAUCAUCUCAAGCGCCAAACUGCCCACACAGACUGCGGUGAAAGACAGUGAUCUUUGCAGUGCUAAAGGUCAGACAGAACCUACAAGCAAACAACUAACAGAACCACCCAAACAUCGACGACUUGCUGCAAAUGCACGCGAAAGGAGGAGGAUGCAUGGGUUAAAUCAUGCGUUUGAUGAGCUACGCAGCGUAAUCCCAGCUUUUGAUAAUGAAAAGAAAUUGUCCAAGUAUGAAACAUUGCAGAUGGCACAGAUCUACAUAGCAGAAUUGACUGAACUUCUUCAGAACGUAAGCAAGCAGACCCUAGGUUCUGGCGGUUCGUCAUCUGACUGCCCAAACGUGAAAGUGGCUCCCAAUAAACUCUGCCCUACGAGAGGCUGCAGUUUACAACACCCAGCCAGUGCAAGUUCUCCUAAUAUUCCCGAGAGUUCUCCAAAGGUUAUUCCUGAUGGCAUUGUGGGUGCAGGAUCUGCGGCUCAGCGCCUGAAGUUGCUUUCUCCAUCUAAAUCUGCCAGAAAUGAAAGUAAAGUAACUUCGAAUCGCAGUGAUGGAGAAUCUUCUCCUCACUCUCAUUUCAGCGACUGGGAGGAGGGACAGACAGACACUUUCUUCUACCAACGCUCAGAACAUUUGUCAGAUCUCUCACAUGCCCCGAUGACGCGGAAAGCCAAUUAG